CUUCGAUUGCUAAAGGGUAUCUCUAGUAAUGUCUUGAAUGGGUUGUGGGAAAGUCAGUGUUUUGGAAAAAACAAAUUAAAAAGUGGGCGAUUUGAUACUACUUUUGUGAUAUUGGAAAUAUUUGUGAUUGUUUUACUAAUAGUUAGUUACUGAAAAAUAUUAUGCAUAUUUCGCAACAAUAAAAAUGCAUUUUUCUAUUCCUGAUUUGCAACAGUUUCACGACGACAAUGGAAUCUCUUACACGGGCUACAACAUACAUAUUGAUGGAGUCUUCCAUUGCACAGCUAGGUACAAACAGCUGCUCAGUUUACAUGAGCAACUGCAGGCUCAAAAUCCGUAUGUUAAACUGCCACAGUUUCCACCCAAAAAGUUAUUUCUUACCAACUCCCAACUGGAAGAAAGAAGGGUCUUAUUGGAAAAGUAUAUGCAACUAGUUGGCCAGAAUCCAUUGUUUACAUCAUCAGAUCUUCUAGUAACAUUCCUAUUUUCCGCUCAACAAGAAACUCAUGGUGUCAAAAUGCAUGAGGUAGAGAUUGAAAUAUCACUGAUGAAUGGUUACAGAAUACCUUUGUCAGUAUCAUCUACAGAUUCAUCAAACACCAUAUUAGACAUUGUAUGCACCCAACUAAACCUACCAAAGGAGCUGGUAAAAUACUUUUCCUUAUACCUUUUUAAUUGGAGUUGUGCAAAAGAUGGACAGCCAGCAUUAAAGAAAUUAGAAGAAUAUGAAUCUCCAUACAUAUCUCAAAAGUAUGUUAGACCAGAAGACAAAAUUGUUUUGAGGAAAAGCUACUGGGAUACUUGCUAUGAUGUUGAUUUAAUGAUAGACAGGGUGUCUCUGGACCUAUUGUACCUGCAAAUUAUAGAAGACUUGGACUUAGGAUGGAUAACAGCUGACCCACAAACUAGAGACAUGCUGUCCUCAUACAAAUCUAAGAAACAAAAGAGAGAGUAUGUAGAACUAGCGAAAACGUUACGCCAUUAUGGAAGGAUACCGGCGGGUGAAGCGGUGACGGAACUAAGUAACGUAACAGAUGGGGCUCCGGAGGGCACGUGUCGUGUGCGCGUGUCUCUCGCCUCGAAGGAGCUCACGCUGCUUAGCCUCACGCCCCCCGCACGAGAGCAGCGGUACAAGGUUACUAGAAUGCGAUGCUGGAGGAUCACUACUCUACAUACUAUUGAAAGGUCACCAGCCCAAAACGGCCAUGGCGCCCUUCUAGAGGAUUCUAACAGGAACUUUGAGUUGUCGUUUGAAUAUCUCAUUAGUAAGGACAACUUGAAAUGGAUUACGUUGAGGACAGAACAUGCGACAUUUAUUAGCGUGUGUUUACAGUCAAUCGUAGAUGAACUGAUGCGCCAGAAAGCAGGCGAAGGCCCAGCGUCCCCGAGGUGCAGUAAGCGAGGCAGCCUGACGUACCUGCGACGGGAUGGUUCGAGUCAAGUCAUCACGCCAUCAUCUUCGAGCGAUACGCUCAGCUCUACUAACGGAGAUUCCGGUACCUCCGGUAGUUCGAGAGAGAUAUUUUCUGUGCAAAAGUUGACAGAAAAGUUCGCGACUGUCUCCUUCAAGCCCGGCAGAGAGUGCGUCGAGAACAACGCGUUCGAAGCUAUUGGAGACGAGGAACUGUAAGGGCCAACACCACACUCGAAUUUAAAUACAAUAAUGUUUUCCAAAGACAAUUUAUCACACGGAAACAAAGUUGCCAAUAAUUAUGUAUAGAAAAAAAAUCUUGUAAAAAUUGUAUACAUAUAUUUGCAUUUUUUCGUAUUUGUACAGAAUAUUUUUUUAUCUAAUUGUCUUUUUAGAUAGUUUAUACAUUUUACCUUAUUAUUACUAUGUAGUAAGUACUCGGCUAUGAACACUUUAUAUCAAUUGUACGUCAUAUCAAUAUUAUUGAACAGUCUACAUACUUGCCAUAUUAUGUAAGUGUUUUUCUAGUUACUAAGUAACUUUUUUUUAU